GGCUGGUCCGAGCAUAUGCUGGUGUUUACUUACUAUCUGCUGUCACGUGGUGAUAACACGACCUCCUCCAGGGUCGUCGUCCCCCAUACGCUUCCCCUUUAUGUUAUACCACCGUGCCCAAUGUCGAAUAUAUACUUCUCAUUAUCCAAUAGAAUGCCAUACAGAAAUUGAGUUGACACCAGCCGAUUUGGACAAUUUUGUCGCAGCAGGUACAUACUGUACUAGAACGCAAGGCGUGGCACGAGGAUGUCGGAUGUCCUCUCUCCAUUCCAUACACAGUCAUUCUCGUGCUAGAACUGUUGGUCCAUAAUAUCUCGGAACUAUCCUGCCAUCCGGCCCUGUGGAUCCAAUAUUCCACUUCGGUAGCUUCUGGCGUGGUCGAUUGAUCAAACACCUCCAAGCCCGUGCAAUGUCUCCGUCAUCCUUUAUAGCACUGGGCUUCGCGAUCUCCGCCGUCUUUAUCUUCUGGACCUUAUCCGCGACGACAUCAUCACCAUUUGCUCGUAGCUUCCCUCGCUUGUACAACAAGCGAAUAUGCCUACUAAUAGCCCACCCUGACGAUGAGGCCAUGUUCUUCGCGCCCACCGUGCUAGCGCUAACCAAGCCGGAACUGGGCAACCAUCUCAAGAUCCUAUGUCUCAGCAGCGGAGAUGCCGACGGCCUAGGCCACAUCCGCAAGAAAGAGCUCCAAAGAAGCGCCGUGCACCUCGGUCUCCGCAAUGAGUCUGAUGUUCUCAUCAUAGACGACCCAACCCGCUUCCCCGACAGCAUGAGCGCCACCUGGUCAGAAAGCGAUGUCUCUUCGCUACUUGCCUCAGCAUUUGCCCCGGAGAUGGGCGCCAAUUCCAACCCUCGGAAGCGGACAAGAGGGGACAAACCACCGGUCGCGACUAUCGACGUGCUCCUCACUUUCGACAGGGGUGGGAUAAGCAAUCACCCCAACCACCGCUCUCUCUACCAUGGUGCUGUUCAUUUUAUACGUGCUUUGAUGAAAGAUAAACCCGGGUUUACUUGCCCCGUUACGCUGUACACCCUCGCUACGACGAAUAUCUUGCGUAAGUAUAUCGGUGUGCUUGAUGCGCCGGUCACUAUGGCUCGUGGGGCGCUUGGUGCUCUAUCUGAGACGGUGAGGGGCUCCACCCGUGCAUCGAAGGGGGACGCUCCUACUCGGCUUCUGUUUGUUAGCUCUGUUGGCGAAUGGAUGACCGCGCAGUCGGCUAUGGUUAAGGCUCAUCAGAGCCAGAUGGUAUGGUUUCGAUAUGGGUGGAUUACGCUUGGCCGUUAUAUGGCGGUCAAUGAUCUGAAGCGUGAAAAGAUUUGAGUGAGUCCGUGGAAUAGUACCGAGCUAGGCACUUACGUUUGUUCAGAGCUAGGACGCAUUGGACUAGAGAUCAAUUGAGUUGAGGCUGCGAUGCUCUCACGACGGAUACUGACAUAUCUUGGGUCUAAAGAUAUGUGCCCUUUUGAGUCUACAUUCAAAAUCAGUGACUCAUUGAAUGGGUCAUAUGUACAUGAACUGAUCAUAU